CAUUACAGAUGUGCACCUAAAGUUCGAUCUCUCGUUACUAUCGGUGCAUUACUUGUAUUAGCUGCAGCUUUAGCUACACUUAUUUUCACCUUACCUCUAUGUAUCGCAACUUGUGCAUCAUGUCUCAAUGCUAAAAAGGCAAAUAAAAAUGCGAAACGAGUCUAUACAGAAAGUCAAAAUCAACCAUCGAAAGAUCAACAAAUGCAAACUUUAUCCUAUAAUCCAUAUGCUUAUUGGCCAUAUUAUGGACGAAGCUAA